AUGGCCACACUGAGUAAGAACAGCAACGAAGCGGCUUCUCUUGAUGAGCCUCGAGGAAGCCCUCGCAAGAGAAAAUCCAAACGUGAUGCUCCACUGAAAACACCAGUCAAGUUUCAACAGCAGUUCGAGUUCAUCGAGGGAUUGAACAGUAAAGCCCAGCGGAAAAUUACGAGAUCAUGGGUCACUACGCAACACUACCGGCGAAAGCGACAUGAACAGAGCAACGCUGAGUUGGAUUCUGGCCAGGAGCCUAAGGGCGAGGUUUCGAGACCUCCCAUUGCGUCUCUCAGCAAUUCCAAGUCCAAUAUUAACGAAGGGAGAGUGCAAGCUGGAGACGAAUUCGUCGUACAGUGGAAUACAGGGACAGGGCAGUCCUGCUUUCCUCAACGGCUGGGGGCCGGACGAGCAGAUCCUUUCAAUUCCUAUCCUAUCCCAGCAACCCGUGAUGUGCAUGAGCUUGUGGAUCACUACUACUUUGUGAUUCCCUCCCUUGUCCACAGACAUUGGGCUAGGGCCGUUCGCAGGCCCCGAGCCUGUUGGGACUUGUUCAACCUCUACCGCAACCACGAGAUCCCCUUUUUAGGCAUGCUCCACCACGCAGCGCAUCACCUGGCGGGAAUGAGAGGAGAUGCGAUGUCUUUGCAGAUCUUUGAGUUCAAGCAACGUGCACUUGCAGCAGUGAAUCAGAGUCUCCAGAGGCGGCAGGGACCUUGCGGUGAUUGGACGCUCAUUGGCGUCGGCCUGCUCGCUAAUGCAGAGCGUGUCUGGGGCAAUCGCGAAAUCGCUCGAAUGCAUUGGGGAGCCCUCAAGCGACUCCUCCUGGAGCGUGGAGGCUUCCGGGCGCUGAAAGGCAAUCCGGAAAUGCAUACGAAGCUCGUCUGGAGCUUCAUAGCAUUGUCAUGGCCGACGGCAGAUGGUAACCCAGCUUAUAUCGAUGCCUUUACCGAAUCUGCGGCGGCUUUACCUGAUUUACCAAGCGUAAGUCCGGGCUCCUCUUUCAGCCGCAGCUGUAAGGAAUUCACCCAAUUCUUCAACGCACGACGAGGCCAGAUCUUGAAGAGUCUCCCCUCGACACCUGCACAGCAGCGGCAAUUGACUACUCGUCGAUAUCGCGCAACCAUGUUCCAAGAAGGCUUAGAACUUGCCAAUGCUUUAAAGUCCUUUGAGACAGGCUAUGAAAACCCCGACAAGCGACGAGCUGUGAGUAACUGCCGUAUUGCUUGUCUGAUACACCUCAACCUAGUCAUGGAUGAGCACGGGGACCUCUCCCAAGCCACCGAGGAAUAUCUUGAGGCUCUGCAGCGCAUUUUAGAAGAAUCGGACGACGACAGCAGUCUCAGUGCCGAGCAUCUGUUGUGGACGCUGCUUACCCCAUUCCGUCCUCAAGGACAUUACGAGCGGGUGUGGAAAAUGUCCAGAUUGGUAGGCGUGGUCAAGAGGAUGUCGCCGCAUACUUGGACGGCGAUCGAGAACGCGCUCCGUGGAUUUCUGCGCCUGCCGGAGUCGAUCUACGAUCUUCAAUCUGCCUUGUCAGCAUGGAAUUGUGACCAGUGUUUGGACGAGCUCAACGUCAUGGGAAAUGUCGAGUUUAGUGCUCUGGAUCCCCAGGUAGAUCAGGAUGUGCCUGGACAUGACGAUAUCCCAUGCUCUGAUGGUUGUCAAAUAUGUCCUCUGAAACCGACGACGUUCUAG